GAGGGAGCGCGCGCGGGCCGCGUGAGACAUCACAGAGAGGGAGGGUGGGCAGCAGGAGGCGGAGGCAGGCCAAGCUGCCGGCAGCUCCAGGGACAGUGCGGCGUCGCCGGGCUCCGAGCCCCCAGUUCCCCGCGCCUCCGCACAGGUUUCCUCGAAACUUUCUCCCGGACCUGGAGAGGCGGUGUCUGCGGCGGCUGGGAGGCUCUAGACUCUCAGGGACCGGCUGCAGCUGCCGGAGCAUCGAGCCCUCCCGCAGCCGCGGCAGCCGCCGCCACCGCCGCCGCCUCACCUGCAGCCACCACCGCCCGCGCCCCCCAGGGCAUCCGCCCGCCGCUCCGCCCGCUGCAACUGGAACUUGAGCGCCGGCCGCGGCGGCAGCUGAGGGAGCAGCGGCUUCAGCGCCGGGGCCCCAGCGCCCUCCAGGCAGCGGCGCUUGGCACGGCUCUCUCCGCUGUCGCCGCCGCGGCCACCGCCGGGGCACCGAGCCUGGACAAAGAGGGCCCGGGGAGGAGGGGGCAGGACCGGAGGAGCCUUGGGGGUGUGCCUCGGUCGAGGUUGGGGCUUUAGCGAUAAUAAAUGAUAGAGGAUACAAUGACUUUGCUGUCUCUGCUGGGUCGCAUCAUGCGUUACUUCUUGCUGAGACCGGAGACUCUCUUCCUGCUCUGCAUCAGCCUGGCCCUGUGGAGUUACUUCUUCCACACGGACGAGGUGAAAACCAUCGUCAAGUCGAGCCGGGACGCCGUGAAGAUGGUCAAGGGCAAGGUGGCCGAGAUCAUGCAGAACGACCGGCUCGGGGGGCUCGACGUGCUCGAGGCCGAGUUCUCCAAGACCUGGGAGUUCAAGAGCCACAACGUGGCCGUCUACUCCAUCCAGGGCCGGAGGGACCACAUGGAGGACCGCUUCGAAGUGCUCACCGACCUGGUCAACAAGACCCACCCGUCCAUCUUCGGCAUCUUCGACGGGCACGGCGGCGAGUCAGCCGCCGAAUAUGUGAAAUCCCGCCUGCCCGAGGCCUUGAAGCAGCAUCUCCAGGACUAUGAAAAAGACAAGGAGAACAGCGUGCUCUCCUACCAGGCCAUCCUGGAGCAGCAGAUCCUGUCCAUUGACCGAGAGAUGCUGGAGAAGCUGACCGUCUCCUAUGACGAAGCAGGUAUGUCUGGAGGCUUCCUUCCUGGAAGAUCGUCUGUGCAUGUUGAGAAGGAAAAUGAGGGGCAAAGGCAGGGCUCAGAGGAAAGGAUUGAUGAGGAACUUUUCAUACUCGAGGUGGAGCGCAAGGCUCGUCGCUCAUUUCCAAAGAGGGUGAUGAAAUAUCAGGCACUUAAAGGUGGGGGGGGGGGCUAUUUUUGCCACUGGCGCGGCCUGGUCUUUCGCCUGCUGCUCUUCUUGCUCUCUUCUUAAACGUCACGUCUCCAGUUUGCCCUCCUUCCUGGAAAACAAAGCCCUGGCCACGUGCCGGCACAGUGAGACAGAAAUCAAAUGGAAGGCCUGUGGGUGCUUGUGUCCUGCUGAGGGAUGAGGUGUCUCAUGAGGGGCCCGUGUGGCUGCCUGAGACCCAGCAAGCGCUUCAGCGUUACUUGCCGGCUUUCUUCGUGGAGGGUUCUGUGGGCGCCAGGCUUUCCUCCGCGGGGAGAAGUCCGUAGAAAGCGGGAAGGGGUUUCGCGCGAGGCAUGGAGGCUGUGGUGCAAAGAAGGUGGGGACUCCGAGUUCUAGGGGCGGCUGUGCUGCCCCCACCUUCGACUUCUGGCCCCCGUGCUUCUCGGUUUCUAAAUCCACAGUCCUGCCCGGCUUCUCCAACAGGGUUUUUGUGGAGCUGAAGUCACCUGAUACUUAAUGCAGUUUAAUGUUUGUUGUAUCUAUGUGCGAGAGGGACGGACAGACAGACAGACAGACAGACAGACAGAGAGCGAGGGAGGGAGGAAGAGGAUUGUGUCUCCUCCCCUCUUCCCUAGUAGAUUGUGACCUCCUUGAGAGCUGGGACUGUCUUUUGCCUCUUUGUAUUCCAAGCAUUUAGCUCAGUGCCCAACAUCCAGUAGGAGCUUAAUAAGUGUUGAUUGAUCGAUAGCAUGUUGCCUGGAAUGUUUUCUUCUCCCUUCCCAUCACUGCCCAUCUCCCUCCGCUUGACUAGAAACCUGGCUCCUCCACGGCUAAGAAUUAGACUUGCUAGCAUCGGUUUGCAAAGCGCUUCCCUCCUGUUGUCGCCUUUAAUCCUCACAACAACCGGCCAAGUGGGGGUGCUUUGGGGGAAGCUCCCCCAAGAGCCUUCAGCAGUCUGUUAUCUCCUCUUGGCAAGAAUCACUCCUCCGUCCUCUUGGAAGAAAAUCGUUUCAAGAAGAAGAAACACGUUAGAGAUGUGUCGCCUGGUAAGGAGUCGUGUCCCCAAUGGCACACACCCGGGCUCAGCGGGGGAGAGGGGCCCCCAAGCGGCGGGGACACCGCUAAAUGCUUCCUGGCGCCUGCUUCCUCUUUCCCCCUCUCCUGCUCUUGGAACGGCCCUGUGAAGUUCAGAGAAAGGCUAGUGCAGCACCGCUGCCCGUCCGGGCCACAUCCUCCCGGAGCCUUAAUGCGCAUCGCCCGCCGGGGCUCCCCGAAGCCAGCCGCCAGAAGCCCACCAGUGAGGGACAAUUUCUGAGGAACUGUUUCAAGUCCUGGCACAGGAAGCUUGAUGGCAAAUGCUUGGCGCUCUGUCUGUCUGUCCGUCUGUCUCUCCCCAUCCUUUCUAUCUUUUUCCUACCUUCUCUUUUGUCAGCGUAUAUACGUAAGUCUAUACCGUCUUAAAUUGGUAAAGCUAGAAUAAUAAUAACUAACAUUUACAUAACAUUACAAGGUUUCUAAAGCUAUCUAUAAAUAUCACAACAUUUGAUCUUCACAACCUGUGAGGCUUAGAGAGAUGAAGGGAUUUGUUCACGAGUUUCUGAGGCAGGAUUUGAACCCAGAACUUGCUGACUCAAAGACUAGCACCCAGCACCUAGCUCGUUACCUGCCUGAAAAGGGACAGGGAUGUUGGUGAUCUUCUAGUCCAGUUCUCUAAUUCAUAAAUGAGGAAAACUAAGAUCCAGAAAGGCAGAGGCCUGUGAAGUGGCGCUGUGGACAGGGCACGAGACUUUUUAAUGAGGAAGAGCUCCGGUUGAAUUCUAGGUGACUCUGAGCAAGUCACUUCCGCUCUCUCUGCCUCGGUUUCCUCAUCUGCGAAAUGGGCAUUAUAGUCACCCCUAAGUCCUGGCGCUCUUGAGGGGAUCAGAUGAGCGUCUGUCCAAAGCGCUCUGCAGACGGUCCCGAGCCGCAGAGAUGCUGCCCGUUGGUGCUUGUGGCUGUGAUCGCCCUCGUCACCCUCGUCGCUGUGGUGCCAGAGGCAGGGCUUGGCCCACCCCGGGAUGCCGGCCCAGGCCAGCGUUCUCUCCCUUCCGCCAUACUGGAUCCACGCAGGUCGCUCUGCCAGACAACCGUAGGAGGCUCCUGUGGGCCAGACCUGGUGCCGCUGCGGAUGGGGGUGCAGCCGGGCCUGUCGCCGUCCUCGGGGAGCCUGCAGGCUGCCCAGAAGGGGACGGGCCUGGACCCCUGCCUGGCCGGCCAGACCUUCAGCCGGGUCGCCGCUGACCGCAGCCCUCCUUCCAGGCGUGUCCCUUCUGGGGGUGUCUGAGGCGUCCGGAGCCCCCCGAGGACCGCCGAGGCUCGGAAGUGCUCGUCCUGACGCCUGGCCGGCCACGGCAGCCUGUCCUCCCUGCAGGGUUCGAGGGUGUCCCGGAGCUCAGGACAGGAUCGUGGUGGGGCCAGAAAGGGGCUCCCCUCGGGCCACGGAGGACGCGUGCUCAGUGCCUGCCCGGAGCAGCCUGGAAGGGACCUGGGGGGGCGCCUGGGCGGUCCCAGGGGCCGAGGGCUGUGUGGGCGAGCUGGGAGGGUGUCUCCCUCCAGAGAGAGACGGAGAAAAGGCCCCGCGAGACCCGGGCCGCAGGCACGCUCGAACCCUUCUCAGCAUCAGUGCCGGCCUCGAGCCCAUUCACCAGGGAUCCAGUUUGACUGAAAUGCCACCAGGGAAAUGGGUUUGGAGGCAGGCCGACGGGCCCAGGUCAGCCCCUGAGCCAGAGGGGGGUCUGGCCGAAGGACCUCCUUCAAGAAACGACCCUCAGACGGCUCUUGGGGAGUGGCGGUCACGAGGAGCCCGUCAUCGUUGAGUGCCAGCAACACUUAUUGAGCUCCUGCUGUGUACUCGGCUCGGGCCUGCCCCGCAGGGACUUAAAUCCAACGUGGAAACAGACAACACAAUACAAGGUGGUUUUUUAACCAUUUCUCUAAUUUUAUUCAUACUUUAUAUAAAAUCUGGACCCAAGCCCUGGAAUCCCCUGAGGGGCCUGUGACUGUGGAAUGGAAGGAAGGGAGGGAAGGAGAGAAGGAAGAA